AUGAACAGUCGACGACGAUUAUCAAUGUUCAUUUCACUGAUCAUUUUCAUAGCCGUCCUAUCUUUGAUUGCCGCAGCUUUAUUUACUGAUUACUGGUCCGAAAGUAGGCCUAUCAAUAGGAAAUUUAACUCUGUAAAUAACUAUGUGAAUUUGGGUCUUUUUAAAGGCAGCCGACAGCUAGAUUGGGGGCUUGGUCCACGUCAUAAGUCUUUUUCAGUUUACGAAGAAUUACACGAUAGAGUAGGUUUCGUUCCUAAAGUCUCAUGGGUAUUUAUUCUAUUUUCCUUGGCAAUUGGAAUUUUAUGGAAUGUAGUGGGUGCAGUGGUCGCACUUUUGAACACCGUCGCUAGAGAAACCGAUACUAUUGUCGGGCCGAAAGGAAUUUAUCUAUGGAGCAUUCUUACUGCGAUGUCAUAUUCAUCAGCGUUGAUAAUUUUCCUGGUACAAUAUGUGACAACAAUUCAAAACAAUGUUUUACUAAGUGAACACAUUAGUAGUGGAUUUUCAACGGAGAAUCGUACAAGGCUCAGUUUUUCAUUCUACUUUGUCACAACUGCACUGGUACUUUUGCUCAUCCCAUGUUUACUGGUUUACGGAACAUCAAACAAACGAAGCAGUGAAAGAGAGAAGCAGUUACGUGUGGAUCAUACUGUCUUUAUGUACUAA